AUGUCUGCACCAGUCCCUUCAGACACAAGACCAAGGCUUCAGAACCCAAUGAAAGGUCAAAAGAAAAAAGUACUUGUGAAAGCCAAGGCAGAAAGAAGACCAGAGAUGCCAACUGUCUCCCCAAAGGUGCCCUGCAAGCAGAAUGAUUCAGGGAACGAAGUGCCAGAUGAUAGAGUUUGCUUGGCAAAAAAAGCUCCACAGGCCAGCAGCGUUUGGGCUUCCAGUGAUGCUUCUGCAGGGGAUGUGCCUGAGCAGACAUCCAAGAGGAAGAGGGCACCGAGAAAAAGGAAACCAGAGAAUAUUGUCACUGAUCCAGGAGCUUGUAUCAUUGUUGCCUCCAGCAAUGCCUCGGCAGGGGAUGUCUCUGAGCAGCCAACCAAAAAGAAGAGAGGCCAGAAGACAAAGACACUGGCGGAUGUCAAAGCAGCUGCCCAGGAGAGCAGCCUGCAGGCCUCAGGCCCAGCCACCUCUGAAGCUACCCCUGAAGCUGCCUCAGAGCUGAAGAUCCCCAGGAGGAGGACGAAGAGGAGCAUAUGGACUGUGGACCGGAUCGAGGGGACAAAACUCAUAAUAAACAAGAAGAGAAGACUCAGUUACCGACCUGAGGACCUUGAAGCCUUCUACCGACUUCUGGAGGAUCCUGUGGUCCAGAACUUCUUGGCAGCAGACAUUUUCUUCAGGGUGACUGACAAGUACCUGCUCUCCAUGGUGGUGGAGUACUUUGGCCGACUUGGGCUGCCUGGACAUCUCUACAACAGGAUCCACUUCUUCCUGGCCCUCUACAUCGCCUGUGACAUGGAAGAAGAUGACCCCAUAUCCAAGAGGAGCAUCUUUCAAUUCUUGCUGGGCAGAGACACAUGGCAAGAUUUGUACAAGGACUUCCAAAGGCUACAGAAGGAGUUCCUCCAAGUCAUAGAUUACCGAGCCUGGGUCACACGACAGGAGUGUGAAGAGAUCCAGAACCAGAACCCACACCACUGGGUCUGGAGCCGGGUGCGCCACAGCGCCCCUUAG